CACCACUUCCAUAUAUUUUCUCCGCGCUCCCUCAGCCACAGAGGACCCUCUCCCUCUCCCUCUCCCUCUGUCUCAUCCUCUCUCGACCGAGACACCGUUCGUCAGAUGAUUUCUCGGACACCCAUUGUCAUUUCUUGAUUCCUCUCGGCAUCGGGCUUCAGCCGGGCCCGGAAUUCGAUACCCUUUGGAGUAAAUUGCCCUUUCGCCAUGUGGUUCACGAUGAGCCUUAGGGAAGGGAGGAGGAAUGUGAAUUUGAGGAUUUGUUAGUUUUUUUUGUCGGUCGUUGGAGGUGUUUGGUCCUUCUGUGUAAGGGGUACUGAACUACUGAUGGUGAUGAUUCUAGUAGGAGGCAUACAAGGAGGAACAAUGGUUCCUCUAGCUUCUGUAGCUUCCGUUGUGAGUGCUGGGACUAGUGCCAACAGGGGUCCCUCUGAGGUGUCUUAUUCUCUGGUUGGCAAGAUUGCCUUUCCAAGGGGCAAGUAUUGGAGUGGCGUCAGAAGAUGGCAUUGUAAAUACUCGGUCACAACCACCGAUUUCAUUGCCGAGCACACCAAUGCUGUCUCCCUUGAUUCUAAUGGUUACAGAGGGGAUAAGGAUGGCGAUGACGGGAUUUUACUGAAGCCCGCACCAAGGCCUGUUGUGAAACCAUCCAACUCUAAGACCAAUUCGGUGGGGUUGGAACCUUCGAGACCUAGCAGAGAUUCUGCUGUUGAGACGCUAGAUGAUUUAGAAAAUAAGAAUAAUGUUCUUGAGUCCCUUGAUGAGGUGUUGGAGAAGGCGGAAAAACUCGAAAAGUCUAAUCUGGGUCAACAAGCAAGCAAAAAGGAGGGUGCAAAUGUAAAUAAAUCAACACCAUCCAGUACAAGUGCUAAUCUCAAAAAUAGUAGACCUGUGAAUUCUGCUGGAAGUAAAAAGGCUAAGACUUUGAAGAGCGUGUGGCGGAAAGGGGACAAUGUUGCCACGGUGCAAAAGGUAAAGUUUCCAAAGGAUUCUUCUGAUAGUGACAAAAUUAUUGAUGAUCCAGAAUCUCAAAAGGUUGAAGAGAAUGAUGAGCCUCGAGCUUCUCUUAGACCUGCUCAGCCACCUUUAAGAUCGCAACCUAAGUUACAGGCCAAGCCUUCUGUGGCUCCACCACCUACACCAAAGAAACCUGUAAUCUUGAAGGAUGUUGGGGCAGCUCCGAAAUCGUCGACUGUUGACGAUGUUGAUGCUCCAGGAACAACUAAAGAAAGGAAGCCAAUCUUGAUAGAUAAGUUUGCUUCCAAGAAACCAGUUGUCGACCCUCUCAUAGCUCAAGCAGUUUUAGCCCCUACAAAGCCCUCAAAGGGGCCUGCCCCCGGCAAGUUGAAAGAUGAGUAUCGGAAGAAGAAUGCUUCAGCAGGUGGACGGAGGAGAAUCGUCCACGACGAGAUUCCAGAUGAGGAGACAUCAGAACUAAAUGUCUCCAUUCCAGGUGCGGCUAGUGCGAGGAAGGGUAGGAAGUGGAGUAAAGCAAGUAGGAAGGCAGCUAGACUUCAGGCAGCCAAAGAAGCUGCUCCAGUGAAAGUCGAAAUUCUUGAGGUUGGGGAACAGGGUAUGUUGAUAGAGGACUUGGCCUACAGCUUGGCCACAAGCGAAGGUGAAAUCCUUGGACUGUUGUAUUCAAAAGGAAUUAAGCCAGAUGGGGUGCAAACUUUGGACAAGGAAAUGGUGAAGAUGAUCUGUAACGAAUAUGAGGUGGAGGUCAUAGAGGCUGAUCCUAUCAAAGUUGAAGAAAUGGCAAGAAAGAAGGAAAUACUAGAUGAAGAUGACUUGGGCAAACUUGAAGAUAGGCCACCUGUGCUGACUAUCAUGGGUCAUGUGGAUCACGGCAAGACAACCCUGUUGGAUCAUAUUCGUAAAAGCAAGGUGGCUGCAUCUGAAGCGGGUGGGAUUACACAAGGAAUUGGGGCAUAUAAGGUGCUAGUACCUGUGGAUGGUAAAUUGCAACCCUGUAUUUUCCUGGAUACUCCUGGGCAUGAGGCAUUUGGAGCAAUGAGGGCUCGUGGAGCGAGAGUGACGGAUAUUGCUAUCAUUGUAGUGGCUGCUGAUGAUGGGAUCCGGCCUCAAACCAGUGAGGCUAUUGCUCACGCCAAAGCAGCUGGAGUGCCAAUAGUGAUUGCCAUAAACAAGAUUGAUAAAGAUGGAGCCAGUCCAGAACGGGUAAUGCAAGAACUUUCUUCAAUUGGCUUGAUGCCAGAAGAUUGGGGUGGCGACAUCCCUAUGGUUCAGAUUAGUGCCCUCAAAGGGGAGAACGUAGAUGAUUUACUGGAGACCGUCAUGCUUGUUGCAGAGUUGCAAGAGCUGAAGGCCAAUCCUCAUAGAAAUGCGAAGGGCACUGUAAUUGAAGCUGGUCUUCAUAAAUCUAAAGGACCAACAGCUACAUUUAUUGUGCAAAAUGGCACCCUUAGAAGAGGGGAUGUUGUGGUCUGUGGAGGAGCUUUUGGAAAGGUUCGGGCACUAUUUGACGACAAUGGCAAGCAAGUCCAUGAAGCUGGACCCUCCAUCCCUGUACAGGUAAUUGGACUGAAUAACGUUCCAAUUGCUGGUGAUGAGUUUGAGGUUGUUGGGUCCCUUGAUAUGGCACGGGAAAAGGCAGAAACGCGUGUAGAUUCUUUGCGAAAUGAACGUAUUUCGGCUAAGGCUGGUGAUGGGAAGGUCACACUUUCUUCUUUAGCUUCUGCAGUUUCAUCAGGAAAGCUUUCUGGUCUGGACUUGCACCAGCUGAAUAUUAUCAUGAAGGUUGAUGUUCAGGGAUCCAUCGAGGCCAUAAGACAAGCCUUGCAAGUGCUUCCACAAGUUAAUGUCACUUUAAAGUUUCUCUUGCAAGCGCCCGGGGAUAUUAGUGCUAGUGACGUUGAUCUUGCAGUUGCUAGUAAAGCCAUAAUUGUCGGAUUCAAUGUUAAAGCACCCGGUUCGGUAAAGAGCUAUGCAGACAACAAAGGUGUUGAGAUUCGUCUCUAUAGAGUAAUCUAUGAACUCAUUGACGACAUACGUAAUGCAAUGGAAGGACUUCUUGAGCCAGUGGAGGAACAAGAAACAAUUGGUUCUGCUGAAGUGCGAGCAAUAUUUAGCAGUGGCAGUGGUCGGGUUGCUGGAUGCAUGGUUACAGAGGGGAAGCUGGUGAAGGCCUGUGGUAUACGAGUUGUUCGAAAAGGGAAAACUGCAUAUGUUGGUAUUCUGGAUUCUUUGAGACGGGUCAGGGAAAUUGUGAAAGAGGUUGGUGCGGGACUAGAAUGUGGUAUUGGGAUGGAAGACUAUGAUGAUUGGGAGGAGGGAGAUGUUCUGGAGGCCUUUAACACAGUUGAGAAGAGACGGACCCUUGAAGAAGCAUCUGCUUCAAUGACAGCUGCUUUGGAAGAAGUUGGAAUCAAAUUAUAGGAAGGAACAUGCACACUGUUGUACAAGUUGUUGCUAUGCAUCAUGUUACAGGAUAUCGCCAGGAAAUUGCCCUUGCCAUUAUGUAGGGUCAAGGCUUUCUGGCCCAAAUUCCAUCUGUAGAGAACAGACAUUUGGUCGACCGUAUUUACGUAAUUCAAGGUGGAAGCAUGGAAGGCCUUGGGCAGACUCAGCUUCUCAGAUACGAUUUUUAGCUUUUGGCAAUCCGGAGGAGGAGGUUUCAGCAACAGGGUCCAGCCAAUUGGAAUGGGUUUCUUCCCUUUAACCAAAUCAACAUUUUUGUCGGGCCGCUAGCCUGGUUUAACUUGUAAAAAUGUUACAUUAUCAUGAGAUCUGUAUCAUUGUUUCUAUGUCGACAAGCACUGUCCAAACGAUGCGACGUAAUUUCUCUUCUGAUAGAUUAAAUCUGGAGGAAAGUCAUUUAUUAAGUCA